AGCUGGAAGAUGCUAAACAGAGGCAACAACAGACAAACAAUACCUGCUCAGGGCUUAUUCACUUAGAAGUAAACUGGAGCAUUUAGCAUGAGACAUUAAACGUCGCUGAAUUACCCCUAAUUUCCAAGCUUUUUGAUUUUAACACCAUGGACCUCUCAGGCUCUUUGCCUCCACCUUCCCCUUACACCUUCCCCGUUACCCCAAAUAUCUCUUUACCCUCUUCCUCUCCCUCGCUCUCUCCCUCACCCAGCCUAGCCUCCACAGCUCUCUUCUGCUCCCUCCUCUCCCUCCUCUCCCUGAUGGGCAUCACAGGGAACCUGUACACUCUGGGUCUCCUUCUGAAGCGAAGGAGAAGCAGGAGGAGACGUGGAGCAGGACUGACCUGCUGCCAUAUCAGGGUACCGGUACUAUCCUGCCUGGCAAACACCUCCUCCCCUUCCUCUUCUCCAAUCUCCUCUUCCUCCUCCUCCUCCUCCUCUCUUCACCUCCAGGUGCUGAGCCUCGCUCUCGCUGAUCUGCUCUACCUUUUCACCGCCCCCUUCAUUGUAUAUGACAGCCUGGCGUCUGGCUGGGCCUUCGGUGAACUGGGCUGUCGCCUCCUCCUGAGCCUGGACCUCCUUACCAUGCACGCCUCCAUCUUCACUCUCACAGCCAUGAGCCUGGACCGCUACCGUGCUGUGGCUCAUCCUCUGCACACAUCCUCCUCUAACUCCUCAGGCCUGCUGCGGGUUGGCCUAGCCUGGGGGCUGGCGGUGGCUCUCAGUCUACCGAUGAUGAUCACGCUUCACCUGGAAGACGGAGAGAACCAAGAGGGCCAGCUAUGUGUGCCAGCAUGGGACGAGCAGAGUUCAAAAGCCUACAUGAGUGUGCUUUUCUGUACUAGCAUCCUCGGACCAGGGCUGGCCAUCGGAGGGCUUUAUGCAACACUAGGCAGACUGUACUGGGUGUCUCAGACCAGGCCGGCCUGGGCCACUGGGAGCAGCACCACUUGUCCUCCCCGUGCACCCAAACCCAAAGUCCUGCUUCUUAUCCUUGGUAUCGUCCUGGCCUUCUGGGCUUGCUUCCUUCCUUUCUGGAUUUGGCAGCUGCUGCCCCUCUACCAGCCUGACAUGCUGCGGACAGUUCCAGUAGGGACGCAGGUGACGGUGAAUCGGAUCCUCACAGGGCUCACCUAUGGAAACUCAUGUGUGAAUCCAUUUUUCUACACACUGUUGACAGGAAAACGAAGACGCAACAGACAGAUACUGACAUCAGGAAAUCAGCUCUGUCGCAAGAGCAGUCCGCUUCAGUAGUGUGUCUCUUAUAAUAGAGACAAUAGAGUGAGAGUAUGAGAGCAUUAUUAUGAGUUUCCUUAUAGACACCAAAAAUAUCUUUUUUCUUAGUCUGUAAACUAAGAAAUCAGAAAAAACUAAACCAAUGAAAGCACUUUGUAUGGCUGCUUGGUGAAAAAUUGUCUGACAAUCAAACAGACAAUCGCUGCCACCCAACUAAUGCUUUACCUGUAAACCUUGUACAAAUGUUGGUGGUCCAAUUAAAUGGAGUGUAUUUAACUGCUGCAGUAGACUAGUUUACUGAUUGACAAUUCAUUUUUAUGAUGUUAUCUUUGUGACAAUGGUAAAGUGGUUACUGCAGUAAAUAAAUAUAAGAGUCAUUUAACCAAAGAACAUACAAGAGGAGAGGAGUUGUUUAUUUAGUCCACAUAAUUUGUAUCUGUCUCUCUGUGCUGUAUGAACGGGAGAGUUUUUCUGCAUGUGGCUCAUGCACAAUCAUUUCCAGUAAAGCCCUGAUGCACUUCUGCUUGUUUUCAGAGACUAUCAAAGACAACGUUUGUUUGUGAACAGCUGGUUGGUUCUGCUCAGGACCUCUAUGGGACAUAUUUCUGAGACUUUGUUUGUUGAUUUAAUGAAUUAUGUCUGAGCAGCUCAACAGUCUUUUGUUUGCUUCCCCUGAACCCAACAAAUCUAAAACAACAUUUUUUUUUCUAAAUCAUGACCUGCAUGUUGGGUAUGAAAAUGUACUUAUUAUUCUGACUCAUGCAAUGCUCUGCAUGGCCUCGACUUUUGUUGACUGUAACUGUUGUUUAUAAUAAUGCGUAAUAUAAAGCCUUAAAUAAAGAGUAUGCUUUCUGUAA